CAUGGAUUAUCAUCAAGAAUAUAUUACACAUGCAUAUCGCGAACUGACCAUUCCUCCGAUUAUCGAUGACAAAGGGAAUCCCAUGUUCGCCAUGGAUCCUAAUCACUUGCAUAUUUGGCCGAGACAUACUUUUAUGAUGAUUGCUUUACCAAAUUUGGACAAAUCAUUCACUUGCACCCUUUUUAUGCCCAACGAAAAAUUCGAUACUAUAAAAACAGAAAGAGAAUUGAUAAACUUCUUUGAAGUUUAUUUUCCAGAUUCCAUUCCUUUAAUAGGCGAACAGCGACUUAAAGAAUAUUUUCGUAACCCAAAAGGAUCGCUGAUGUCUAUCAAGUGCAAACCUUAUCACUAUCGAAACAGAGCAAUAAUCAUAGGAGAUGCAGCUCAUUGCAUGGUGCCAUUUUACGGACAAGGCAUGAACUGCGGAUUUCAAGAUGUUGAACUACUUGACAGCAUCUUUGAAAGAUUCAAUAUCACCGCAUUCCAUAAUGAUGAUUAUUAUGAUGACAAAUUGGAAAUGGCAUUUGAAGAGUACACAAAACUUCGUCAUGAAGAUGCAGUAGCAAUUUGUGACUUGGCAAUGUAUAAUUAUAUUGAGAUGAGAUCUAAUGUAGUAAAUCCUUGGUAUUUAGUAAGAAGAAAGGUUGAAGUAAGGUAUUCGGAAGCCAUGAAAAGAUGGAAAUGGCAAAGCCUUUUGCUGAAUAUUGUUGGUUUGAUGACUGCGGAUAAUCAGCCA